CCUGAUCCUGUUAGUCGCCUCUUUCCACGAGCAUAGACGCCUCAACCUCGUCAUGUUUCUGACGUCAUGUUAUAUAAGGGAUGAGUAUUUUAAUACCACAAACCUUCAUAUAAUCAAGGUCGCCACGAGAACCAGUUUGCGUUCUGCCCGUCUAUGUUCUCGACGUCAAGAUACUCGUCCACCACUGACUCCACGUCAAGAGCAAGCUUGUUUGGAAUCUAUGCCAGUGAUCGUCAGUUCGGUUCUCAGCUAUACAAGUCACCAAUGGAGGCAUACGGGGAUCAAACAAUUCCUGAUAGAAUCUGCUUCUGGGGAGAGACUGAGCCUGACACGCCUGCCUUCAUUUUCUGGAGCAAAUAUGGCAGAUAUGUCUUGUCACGGGGAGAUGUCCUGGAUCUGUCCAGUAGGUUUGCGUUCAGACUGACUGAACUUGGUGUUCAACCUGGAGAUGUGGUGUGUGUUGCUCUUCCCAACUGCCCAGAGAGAGUCGUAGUAGACUUCGGUGUACAUUUAGCGGGAGCUGUGUCUAUGAACGGCCAAAUACUGCGUUCGGAUGGUCAAGAUAUAAUCGAAUCAAUGGGAAAGGCGAAAUGCAAAACUCUUGUCAUUGAUCCAAAUCAGGAAAAUGGGGCUUGGGGCAUUUGCAGCAGAUUUUUCAAAGUCGUAUCUGAUGGAAAGUAUAGCUCUGAUAUCAAAUGCGCCAAUGUAUCAAGUCUGAAGAAUGUGGCAUACUGCAAAACAAAGAAACCAGAAUGUGAAUUUCUCAGAUCACUGCCUUCAUGUAAUAGGUAUGUGAACAACAAGAUGAAUCCGUCAGAUGUUGCUCAAAUAUUCACGACAUCAGGAAGUUCCGGAUACACAAAGCUUGUCCAACAUUCACACAAGGCCAUUCUGACGAUGGGAAAGAUGCUACUGGAAAUGGCUGGAGCACUUGUCAAAUAUGAGAAGUCCAUUUACAACAGUGCUCCACUUGGUUGGGUUGGGGGAUACCCAAUAUAUUUUCUGUAUGCUGGUUUUCAACGGGUUCUGAUAGAUGAUUCUGUUGGAGUCAUCACGGAUAAUCACCAGUUUACAUGGAACGUGAUCUGUCAGGAAGAUAUCAAAUUAGCAUGUCUCUCUUCUUUCCAGAUUGUCAGUAUUUUCAAACAGAGAGACAUAUGGGAAUCUAAGAGUCAUAAACUGCAUACAAUUCUGACUGGUGGGCAACCAUUGAAGAAAGGAUGUCUUGAACCCAUAGGGCAACUUACUGAUGCUGUCUGUAACGUCUAUGGCUCUACAGAAAUGGGUCUGAACAAUGGAUUUAUUUUUAAUGACGAGAACGUGUCUGAUUUCAAGGAAAAUAUAGCAGGAUUUGCAGCUGCAGGCGUGCUAGUAAAAAUAGUUGACUCAAAUAUGGCUGAAGUUAAAACCGAAGCUCAUGGUGAAAUCCUCGUUCGUUCAGCGACUAUAACGAAAGGAUAUUAUGGAGACACACAUUCAUCCUUCCAACCAGAUGGUUGGUUUCGAACAGGGGAUGUGGGUUAUAAAGACACCAGAGGAUGCUUAUUUGUAGUGGGCAGAAGUUCUGACGCCAUCAUGCACGGCCCAUACAUCCUCUACCCAACAUGGCUUGAGGAGAAGCUUGCUUAAUGUCCUGGGAUUAAACAGAACUUCAUUGUUCCUAUUCCUGACAAGGUUCUACACCACGAGAUAUGUGCUUGUGUCCAGCUGGAACAAGGAGUCAGACUUACACAGGAUGACAUCAUAAACUUUCUGAAAGGGGAAGUUGAUCUUGGCAUUUCGUCAGCAAUGAAUGUUGUCCCAAAGCAUGUUGAAUUCUUUGACACAUUCCCUGUGCUUAACUCAAUCAAAGUUGACCGAAAACAGCUGGCCAAGUUUGCCACAGAAAGACUGCAACUGUAGCUGUUGUAUCAGAUCGCAAAUCCUGAAGACGUGCCCAUAAAAAUGUAGUUUUCUUUAAAUGGUUACUCCCUGUGCUUUGUUGGCAAUGCUCCCAAAGUCUGUUGUGAUCACAAAGGAUUGGUUGAAACCUCACCACAGCAUGUUCCAAUCUAUGUGUCAACACACAUGUAUGUUAUUCCAUCGUUGAACUUUAUACUACAUGGGACCCGUGACGAUCAGGGGUAGAAUAGGUCUUCAGCAACGCGUGCUUGCCUUAAAAGACGACUUUGCUGCUCAUAAGAGGCGACUAACGGGAUCGGGUGGUCAGGCUCGCUGACUUCGUUGAUGUAUAUGAUCGUAUUCAAAUCUAUGCUCAUGAUGUCAAUCACUGAAUUGUCUUGUCCAAGCUUAUUGUUUACAGACCACUGUCAUAUAGCUGAAAUAUUGCUGUGUGCGGCGUUCAACAACAGAGGAAAAGGUAAUAAUAAUUCUAUGCUUGUUGUUCACGUCGUCAUAAGAGCAUCGAGAUUGCGUGCCCCUGAUUACUGAUGCUUUCAGUAAUUUUAACUUUUGCGUGUUUUAUUCAGAAGCAAUUCUUCUCGGAAACCACUACGGUUACAAGGAUAACGUUUUCCAAACAUUAUGUAAAUCAAAUUUGAAAACUAGCAUCGAUAAUUGACAUUGUAGUUUAGGUAUUUGCCUUGUAUUUCGUCAAUGAUCCAGAUACCUUGCAAUAUAUCUUCGUGAAACAUUCUAUACACAUCAAGACACAUGUUUCUUCUUGUUACGAAAUCUGUUAUUUUUUGCUUUUUAGCGUUUUCUAUGUCCAAUAUGCUCGGGAUUUAUUUGAUGUGCUUUACCUACAAACCCGUAAUUAUUUCUCUAAGAAACUUUAUCUGGCUAGUAAAGACUGAUGCCUAUUAUUAUCACAUAAAAUGAAUAUACUUAAUAUUCUAUUCAUAAAAUGAUAGAACAGAUAGGACAUGAAAGUCAUUGUCUUUUUGGUAACAUUUAGCCUACUGUCGCGAUGACUAAAGGUCAUAUUGUAACAUGUCACUUCUUUACCGUUUCUUAAUGUAAUAUUUGCGGAGGUGUUUGAAUUUAUUUUACUGGUCUUUCUUGAUUUUAAACUGAAUUAUGUAUAUUAUUUUGUUUGAAUACAUAGGGAAAUGCAUAACGUGGUAUUGUGUACAUUGUAAUAGUGGUAUAUUACGUUUGAAGAUCUUAUAUGUUUUUCUCCUCAAAAUGAAAUAAAUGGCAGAAGGAAUACACUCAUUUCUCUCCCAUAACCCAUGAUCAUAGGUUUCUGACGUACAUGUAGGUGAGAGGUGUUGAUGUUUGAAAUAUAUACCCAGAUGUGAUGCUAUAUUUCUAAGGAGUCCUUACGUUGACAUAUAAAUUAAAUAUAUAUUAAACAGGACAUUUCAAAAUAGGUUAGUUUACCAUUUCAAAGUAGUUGUUCAAAUGUUUGUUGUUUAUAUGAUCUAUGUAAUCAUGUACCUAUGUAUAUAAUCAUUUGUGUAUACUGUAAAUCAAAGUGAAUAACCGAAAAAUCUUUACCUGCAUAAAAUAAACAGAAAAGUU